UACAUACUAGGAACACUCCCGUUAUUCCCAGCACGGCCGCAAUAAAUACGCUAGUUUUCAGGUGUUUACGAUCCAGCAGACCACCCUCCCGUUUGCUCAUCUCCAGAAUGUCCAUUUCCACUUCUGCCUCCAGACCUGCCACCGACAUCCCGUUUUCGAGAGAGUCGUUAGAACAGGUGUUAAAGAGACGUUUCUUCUUUGCACCUGCCUUUGACAUCUACGGUGGUGUUUCCGGUUUGUACGAUUACGGUCCUCCAGGCUGUGCGUUCCAGGCCAAUGUCGUUGACACCUGGAGAAAACAUUUCGUCUUGGAAGAAGACAUGUUGGAAGUCGACUGCACCAUGUUGACUCCACACGAUGUACUUAAGACCUCCGGCCACGUUGACAAGUUUGCCGACUGGAUGUGUAAAGAUUUGAAGACUGGAGAAAUCUUCCGUGCCGACCACUUGGUAGAAGAGGUCUUGGAAGCCAGAUUGAAGGGUGACAGAGCAGCCCGAGGCAUCGAGGAAAAGGUGGAAGAAGAAGAUGAAGAUAAGAAGAAGAGAAAGAAGAAGGUCAAGGAAGUCAAGAACAUCAAGUUGGCCGACGAGGUCGUUGCCGAAUACGAAAACGUUCUUGCCCAGAUUGAUGGUUACUCUGGUGAACAGUUGGGCCAACUCAUCCUCAAGUACGAAAUCAACAACCCCGCUACCGGAGGUAAGUUGGAACCUCCAGUGGAGUUCAACUUGAUGUUCGAGACCGCUAUCGGUCCUUCUGGAGCCAUCCGUGGUUUUUUGAGACCAGAAACUGCUCAGGGCCAGUUCUUGAACUUCGCCAAAUUGCUUGAGUUCAACAACGAGAAAAUGCCAUUUGCCUCCGCUUCUAUCGGUAAGUCGUUCAGAAAUGAAAUCGCCCCUAGAGCAGGUUUGUUGAGAGUGCGUGAGUUCCUCAUGGCUGAAAUAGAGCACUUUGUCGAUCCUAACGACAAGAGCCACCCUAAGUUCAAAGACGUUCAGGACAUCAAGUUGCGUUUCUUGCCCAAGGAUGUUCAGGAGUCUGGUUCCACUCAAGUGGUGGAAAAGUCAGUUGGUGAAGCCGUUUCAUCAGGUAUGGUAGACAACCAGACUUUGGGUUACUUCCUUGCGAGAGUGUACCAGUUCUUGAUCAAGGUUGGUGUGGAUACCGACAGAUUGAGAUUCAGACAACACAUGGGUAACGAAAUGGCCCAUUAUGCUUCUGAUUGUUGGGAUGCUGAAUUGCAGACCUCCUACGGCUGGAUUGAAUGUGUUGGUUGUGCUGAUAGAUCAGCCUACGACUUGAGUGUCCAUGCUGCCAGAACCAACGCCAGCUUAGUUGUCAGACAGCCAUUGCCUGAACCAAUUACUGUUGAAAACUAUGAGGUGGACAUUGACAAGAAAAAGUUCGGUCCUAAGUUCAAGAAGGACGGUGGUGCCAUCCAAAAAUGGUUAGGUUCCAGAUCGCAAUGUGAAUUGGAAGAUUACUCCAAGGAGUUGGCUGACAAGGGCAAGAUCGAAAUCAAUGUCAAGGGUGUUGAAAAUACUGUGGAAUUGACCUCAGAAUACCUCAAAAUAGCAAAGGUGAAGAGAACUGAGCACAUCCGUGAAUUCACCCCUAACGUUAUCGAACCUUCUUUCGGUAUCGGACGUAUUCUCUACUCCAUCUUUGAACACCAAUACUGGGCCAGACCCGGUGAUGCUGACAGAGGUGUGUUGUCUCUUCCUCCAUUGGUUGCUCCUACCAAGGUGCUCUUAGUGCCAUUGUCCAACUCAGCAGAUUUGCAGCCUAUUGUGACUAAGGUAUCUGCCUACUUGAGAAAGCAACAGAUCCCAUUCAAGGUCGAUGACUCCUCGGCUUCUAUUGGUAAGAGAUACGCCAGAAACGACGAGUUGGGUACUCCAUUCGGUAUCACCAUUGACUUUGACUCCAUCAAAGACGAAUCUGUCACUUUAAGAGAAAGAGACUCUACAAAACAAGUCAGAGGCUCCUUCGAAGACGUCGUUGCUGCUAUCAAGGAAAUCACCUAUACCGGUACUACUUGGGCUGAAGGUACUUCUAAGCUUACUCCUUUCGAGUCUCAGAGCACCGACGCUUAACUUCAGUCAACUAAGCCAAGUUAGAUGCUACGCUGUUAAUACAAUCCUUAUUUCAUGAAACUACACAAUUGUAAUAUAAAGAAUAUACUAGUAGAAUUAG